AUGGGAGGUAUGUUAGUUGAAACAACAAACACUGAAGGCACUGUUGAUAAUUGUGGUAUUCGUUUUGUAACAGCUUAUUACAAGGCAGACGGGUGUAUUGGAGAUCAAUAUCUUGAACAAUAUUUUUACAUCAGGGGAACUACCGACACUUGUUCUACUGUUUCAUAUCAUCAAUUACCAACAUGCUCAGAUACGGAACAUUAUGUUAUUCAAGAAGCUUAUUGUGCACCAUGCGGGCCAAACGAAAUUAUCGAUUUUCAGACUUCGUAUUACUGUGUACCAUUAUGUCGAUAUUAUGUGCCAAAUUGUGAAGUGUGUAGUAGUGCAUCAACGUGUCUAAAAUGUGAAGACGGGUAUAUUUCAAAGGAUGGACAAUGCCAGACGUGCCAGUACUAUGGAGAGUGUUAUCAAUGUGAUAUUAAUAAAUGUACUGCGUGCAGUGCAAAUUACAAAUAUGACUCUGAAACAUUAAAAUGUGGAUUUUGUGAGUUAGAAUUGGGAUAUUAUGUCAGUGGAAACGACUGUAAUAGGUGCAAUGCAAACUGCACGUUGUGUACAAGUGUUACAAUAUGUACGGAGUGUAAAGAUGGGUUUUACUUAAAAGAUUCUACGUGUUUGCCAUGCACAGUAACUAACUGUUUUAAAUGCACCGAAUUUGAAUGUUUGGGGUGCCAAACGGUAUUUUAUCUCAACGACAACAAGCUGUGUAAUUCGUGUUCGGAGUUUGGUAAUUGCACCGAGUGUACAAUUGAUGUGUGCACUGUUUGUUUCGAUAAGAUGUAUUACAACACAACAACUAAAAUAUGUGAGAAUUGUGUUGAAGGGUGUGACGUUUGUGACAAUUCGUAUUCGUGCAACGUAUGUAAUAACACGUAUUACCAUUAUAAAGAAGAUGAAAUGAAGUGUGCCACGUGUCCAAUAGAUAAUGGAUACUACCUCAGAGGAAUGGAUUGCAAAAAUUGCAUCAAGAAUUGUCUAAGUUGUACUGAGAGUGACAAUUGCCAAUUCUGUGAAAACACUUUUUAUUCAGAAACCAUUGAAAACACGACGACAAAUGUUUGUGUGGAAUGCACAGAAGUUGAUGCAAAUUGUUUGUUGUCUACAAAUGAAAAGCAGUGCACAGCAUGUUAUCCAACAUAUGGCGUCUUUUCUGGUCGAUGUCACAAGUGUUCAGAAGAGUAUUUCGAUUGUGUGGAAUGUAAUGAUACUGUGUGUUUACAAUGCGGAGACGGAAUCUGGACUUUGGUCCAAAUAGACUUUGGUUCAAAUAGACAUUGGUUCAAAUUCUUGAUUGGAAAAUAA